UUGGAGGACUUUGUCACAUGGACUAAAGUCUCCACGCGUCAUUGUGGUCAGAUCUCGUAUAGUGUGGAUAUAAAUCAUAUGCGUUCAUCUCCACAAGAGAUAGACGUUAGGAUGGCACGGGUUGCAGAGUUGACAAAGCCCCCAGAGAGAUGGAACAUGAUGGCGCUCUACUACAACUUUAACAUCUCGGGGUGGUCUGCCAAGAUGUCGACCGAGCCCCAGAGGAUCAGCCACAAGAUCUGGGCUGAGCUGUAUGGGGGCCACCUCUUCAAGAGGGCGUCAGAGAUUGAGGGGGCGCACAUCUACGCUAGACGGCUACUGGGGGUGGUAUAA